UUGAAAGGGGGCAGGGCGUCCGCGGCGCAUGCGCAGGAGGGAGCGGCCGAGCCGGCUCUGAGGGGGUGACGAGGCGGCGGCGGCGGCGAAGGAGAAGAAGAAAAGCGGCGCCGCCAUGAGGGCCGGGCGGAGGCUCCCACGUGCGCAGAGGACCCAGGACCCCAUGUGCUAACAGCCGCCUGCCAUGCUGGCCUGCCUGCCGGGACCAGGCGACCGCUCCUUCCAGCUGCUUCCUUACCCGCAGAUGAACACUGGGCUUCAGAAAUGGGACCCUCCACAGAAAAUGAGAGCCGCACAGCACCCUACUCCAGCAGAGUUGGACGCGUAUGCUAAGAAGGUAGCCAACCACCCUCUGACCAUCAAAAUUUUCCCCAACAGCAUCAAGGUCCCUCAGCGGAAACACCUGCGCCGUACUGUGAACGGGCUGGACACUUCUGGGCAGAGGUACAGCCCUUACCCGCCGUCGCAGGCUUCCGUGAGAACAGGCCUCCUGGCCAUCGUCCGGUCCCCGGCCAAAGGGGUCGUCAAGGACUUUGACGGGAAGCGCACCCGCCUGCUGCCGGAAGCCAUGAUGAACCCCCCCUCAGUCCCCUACGCGGCACCUAGCACUUUAACCCACCCCCAGGCGCUGGCCCGCCAGCAGGCCCUGCAGCAGCUCCACUCUCAGGGGGUGCCCCCCGGCCUGCAGCCACAGCCGCCACAGAACGUGGCCCACCCCGGCCUGCAGCAGCUGCAGCCACCGCCGCAGCAGCACCCUGCCAACCACUUGCCGCAGCAGCAGCAGCCUCCACCCCCGCCGCUGGUGGGCAUGCACCUGGGCAGGAAGAUGGCCGACGCCGACCUGCCCGUGACUAACCUGGCGGAUCAGGUGUGGAGUCAGCCGUUGGCCCAGGCAACCGGCUGA